UUUUUUUGCGAUAAUCCUUCCACGGUUCGCCAUCGCCUGCGGAGGUUUCACGUCUACCACAGAAUCGUCGUCGUCGGUUCGCGUUUCAACGGAAGAAAAGUGCAAGUUUCUGCUGCUCAACGCGGACGCCACCCAUCUAGAACCCGAAAGACUGCCGCCGUAAUCAAAAUGUCCUACGAAAACGUCGAAAGUGAUCCAAGACAAAUUUAACUUGGAAACGCCUCUACCGCUACGCAAAUCGAACGAAAUCGCGCGGUGAUCGAUCUGAGUCUCGUUGUAAUCGAAAUCGCCACACACUUCGAACAGAGCUAGAAAAGGUUCCCUUCCAUCGGGCCAAUGACCGCAUUUGAAGAUCUGAAAAGACUUAGUCCCAUCGACUUUUACCAUUAUACCAUUUCCCUCGACAGUGAGCUAAAAUCUCCUACAGUACACGUUAUUCGGGAGGUUUAUGAGGGUGAAAAUGCACACGAAACGUUCGAGCUGGAGCUGGACAAGGCCCUGUACGCCAAGGCGGACUUUAUCAUCAUUGAGCCGUUCCGGCUGGGCGAGGAAACGGGCCGAUGGAUUGCGGUCGGAAACUGUCUUCACAAGACGGCUAUCAUCAGCGGGGUGGCUUCCGUGGCGGCCGGAUUAAUAUGGCGGGGUCGAUUAAUGUUCUGCACAUCGUUUUGUGCUCUGUCCAUAUUUUGCACAAGCCUGUACACAAUAUCUUGGUCCUAUGAUCCCUGUGUGAAGUACCAAGUUGAAAAAAAUCCAAAAAACCUCUCAAAAGUUCCGAACGUAAACGAUUUCUCUUCGCCGAUCGUGUUAGUGUACAAAAGUAACACCUACGCCACGUUGAGCCACCGCAUUGUAACGCUGCUGGCCGGAUCGUACUGCGCCUGGCGGAUCUAUCAAAUUUUGAAGUGAAUUUAGUAGAAUGCAUUUGCCCCCCGACAGUCGACCUUCGUUUCGCGUACGACAACUUGCUUGAGGUUGUCGUCGUCGCGACCUUCAGGAGGUGAGACCGUUUCAUUAUUACUCGAUGGGUUGAGGGAUUUAGGAAUGGGUGGGGUGGCGAGUUGAACUCGUCGCUCGUGCCGGGAUUUUAAAAUUGUUUAGGCUUAAAGAAGGAUUUAAAUUAUUUAAAUGAGGAAUCUGUAAGAUCAACCUACAAUAUAUAAUGCGACCUGCACCAAGUUUAGCGAUCAUCACAUGGAUCUAGACACCAACAGAGAAUAUAUGGACGAUGGUUGAAAACGAACGCUUACAGUUUAUUUUGUUACGCUCAUUGUUGGUAGACAUUUUGCUUCUGUUACUGAAAUCUCAAAUAAAACCUAAAAAUUCAAGGUACGUAACUGUGAUUAUACGCCAGUCAGUUUGGGGUGCCUCUGUCAACCAAAGCUCUUAAAACGAAUCGAUUCCAACCGAUUGAGUUGCUCGCUAGAUACAGAAGGACGAUGAAAUUUUCAUGGAAGAAUUGAAAUCAUUUUUCAUUCAUUGUUCCUCGCUGUCGGGCUGCGCCAACCUCUUGCACUUGGAGCGCCUUUUCAAUUUCCAAAUUUCUGGCAAACUGACUGCCUAGACAAUUAAGCUGAUAUCAUAUUGAUAUCGAUUGUGAUUGGGCCAAAGCGCGGUUUCGUUACUAAAUUGUCUGUUUAUCGAAUUUUUCUUUUCGUUGAUGAUUCGUUCGCUUUCGUCUAAUUGGUACCAAGCAAUGGAGAUAACCAAGACAAACGAACGAGGAAUCAGGUUCAAAAUCUUAUUCGUGUUGUGUUGAUGUUUUAUUUUAGAAAUUGUUCUGCAUUAAAUAAAAAAAACGGAAAAGAGAAGGAGCGUGAUAUUAGAAAGAACAGGCAGGAUCUGUAAAAGAUUGCAUUCUUAGAAUCAUCACCAGGUGAACUAUUGCAUUUAAAGGAAAACGAAAAAAAAAGCAUCAACUAAGGAAGCAAGGCUUGAAUUGGUUAUCAAUUCCUCAGAAGCACAACCAUUAAAAGUUUCAUUUUUGCUCAAAAGCACUUUUUUCGUUCACCAAAAGCGGCGAUCUGCUUAACAGUGAGAAAUCCUCUCAAAGACAUGAAUUACCCUAGAAUACAGCAAAACAAACAAACGUUUCCUUCUAGAAUACUGAGCAAAUACAAAAAAAUAUUUAAUAGGCGUGAGCUUCUGCAAAAAUUUCAGAAUAGAAAAUCGCCGACAGACGAAACAAACUGUUGUAGUAUUAUGUUUUUGUUUAACAAGGUUCAGACAAAAAAAAACAGUCGAAAUCCAAUACCUACGUAUGCUUCUUUGUUUAAAAGGACACUGAGCCCGAAAUGUAAAAAUACAAUGUAUAAUCAAGUCAAGAUGUCGUACUAAAUAGAACCUGAAAAAUAUAAAGAAAAAAAACUAUAGUUUUUUAA